AUGCCGCGGAGUGAUAUACCUAUUCCGUGGAGCACCUUGCGUGCGCCGCUGCUACCCCGGCCGGAUUGGCAAAAUCCUGCAGGAACCUGGCAAGGAGCCGAGCCGCCGAACGAGCCAGGCUCUGCUGAUUCAGAGAGUUCGGUGGAGGCCGAUGCCAACUUGGUGGAUUUGGUGAAUGCGACAACUUCGAGUGAACGGAGUCGUGCGGUGUCACAGUGCGCUUGUGCGGUGCUGCUGUGCCUUGCUUGCUUUGGGGCCAUUGUGAUGAUACUGCGGGAGGCAGUCCAAGGUGCCACCAAGAGUUUCUAUUGCUCCGCUGAUGGGCAAACGCCAGAAGCGUCUCCAGCACCCACGGCAUGCGCCGUUCCUCUGGCAUUGGCAGCAAUUCUUUGCAACCUCACCGUGGUGGUUGGAUUGCUAUACGUUUUACGAUUUGCUUGGUUAGCUGGAAGGACCAUUCAAGAAGGCCCUGCCUCCCUUACACAGAUGCAACGGAACCGUGCAAAGCUGCAAAAAGACUUAACGAAGUGGCGAAGUGUCAGCGCAAAGGUCCUUGUCGUUGCGGGCCUGACCUACUUGGUUGCUGGAGCUCCGUGUGCUGGAGUUGCCAAACUUGCUUUGGUGUUUCUGGCCACAGGCAGCUUGGAUGCGAUUCACGGAUGCCAUGUUGAUGAUGUUACUGGCGAUGUUCGAAUGUCUCCAAGAUUAUUGCGUUUUUUGUUGGUGUAUGUGCUGGUUGGUUUGACCUUCACUGCUUUGGCCUCUGGUGCUACAGAGCGAGUGCUGCGAGCACAUUUCGAUGGUUUGCAAGGAAAUCCUCGAGGUGUUGAAGAAGUUGGUGGCCUUGGAGCGAGUAUCAUAGGCCCUGAAGAUGCGAAUCACUUUGCGGAUGUUUGUACCUCCCUGGGUAGGCAGCAAGUUGCACCAUCUUGGUGCACCAUGCCGCUGGACUUUGUCGCUGCGGUGGCUUUGUGGUGGGCGGCCUCGCCUGUUUUCGCCAUCCUGUUGCCAGCAAGGACAACGGAUCAGCCCAAUGGAGGACUAUGCAGACACUUUCUCCAAAAAUGGCGAAAACACAUUGACUUUCUGAUCAUGGGGGUUGCAGGGGUCCUCCUGGCCCUGUUUCGCAAACCUUGUGCUCAUUUGGCACCGAUAGCUUUUGGAAAUGCGGAGCUUGGAGUUUGGGGAGUCUCUCUGGCGGGUGCUUGGAGCAUGUCAGUGAGCAAGGCAUUCAGACAAUUUCGAAGAUUCUUAACUAUACAUAUCGCAAGAAAACACUGCACUGCCAUCCUCACCCUGCUAUGGGGCGUUUUGUCGGUAAAAGCCUGA